AUGGUUGUCGCCGCAAUCCAGGGCUUUGCAAGGCGCGGUUUAAUGGGCCGCCUGUCAGCUUCCUGCUCGCAGGAGGAGGUCUCCGGCCUCGUGGACGCGGUCCGACUGACAAAAUCCUGCCCCUUUGUUUUAAAACCGAAGGUCAGGCCACCCUUGCGCCCUGCUCUCCCCGGCCGCGCCUUCGUCGCGCGGGCUCAGCCCCCCCCCGAGUCUCGGUCACUUCUGCCCCAUUUCAGGACCGAACCCGGCGCUUCCCGGAAUCGUAGUGUUGCCGGCCGCGUGGACACGUUCUCCCCUUACGCCUCCCCCAGAAAAAAACCGGCAUCCUUCACUAGGUCAGGACACCCGAGCCACCUCCACCCAUCGCCCCAAAGCGCCUUUCCCGGUGGGGGCCGAAGUCCCCGCGCUCCACCAGCUUCUCGGGUAGGGGGCCCCGGGCGUUCGUCUGCCACCCGCUCGGGAAGCCUUGGCCAGGUGCUUGAGCGCCAGUUUCCAGGUCCCAGGUCCGGCAACCAGGGAGCUCCCGGCCUGGGCGCCGCUAAAACCCGGAGAGGCCGCGCCCGGGACAGCCAAGCUCGCUAUCCCCUUGCUGCGACUGGCUCAGCCACGAUUCACUGCCGAGCCGAGGUUUGGCCAGCCCAGCAGAGAGCGGCCUGGACUCGCCAGGGAGACCAGGGACGCGACGCCAGAGCCCCGCACGACACGGGGAUCGGGGCGCACGGCGGGCAGAGCAGAGGUGAGGCUCCAGGCCCGGCCCCAGCGGAUCCCUGCGCCUCUCGGCUCCGCCUCCGGCCCUGGCCUCUUCCCCUGGCCCGGGUCGGGUCUUCCACUCCACUGUUUGGCUCGGAGAGGACGAAGACGAGCUCGGUGCGCAGGGGGCCUGCAGCGGCCAUAAAUCACCACGCGGGCCCUCCUUCCCGCAGCUCACGCGCGGGGGCUCGCGGCCGGCUUCGCGUCCCGGGCCGCACCGGGCGCCCUGCUCUCCCGGUCAGCGCCUGGGGGACCCGAGACUGUGCGGGGAACCUGGCCAGCAGUUUCCCCGUUCGCCAAAGACAGGGACCGGCCUCGCCGACUCGGUGCCACCAUCAUGCAUCCUUGCGGUCGCCAGACCCCGAAGCAACCCGGGCCUCACCGGAUCGCUGCCUAGGGGUCUCUGUCUGUCUCCACCCUGGAGGUGAGCGGGACGCAGCCCCCAGCACGUGCACACACGCACUCGCAGACCUUCUGCAGCCACGGGGAGUCUGAAGAACCUUCUAGAGCCGCUCCUGCCAGAAAGGCCUGCUCACUCCAUUCCUGCUGCUGGGAGCGUCUGGGUUUUCCCCACCCUCCCCUGUCCAGCCCUGCUCACCUGGCCCAGCUCCCCCAGGCACUCCUCUGGGAGGUCAUUGGUUCUGGAUCAAGUAACCCCCAAAAUUCAUAUCGUCAAGUCCUGAACCCCAAUACCUCAAAGUAGGAGCUUAUUCGGAAAUAGGGUUGUUAGAGAUGUGAUUAGUUAAGACGAGGUCAUACUGGUGUGGGGUGGGUCCAGAAGCCAGCGUGACUGGUGUCCUUAUAACAAGGGGACACAGAGAGAAGACAGUGUGGACAGACGGGGCAGACGGCCGGCUUGGAGCCAGAGGGAGAGGCCAGGGACAGACCCCUCCCUCGCCGCCCUCAGAAGGACCAACCUUGCCGACACCUUGACCUUGGGCUUCUGGCCUUCGGAGCUGAGGGAGAAUAAAUUUCUGUUGCUGAAGCCAACGACUUUGCCGUCAUUUGUUAUGGGGCAUAGCAAAGAAGACACCGUCCCAAAUUUAAGUGCCCACGAGAGCCAGGCGAGAGCCAUAGACAAGCAGAGGGGCAGCAUCUGGAGGGGUCAGCAGGGCAAAGCCCAACUCAGGGGUGCUGGGAAGUGGGAUAAGCCCUGUGCCCAGGAAGGGGAGGAAAAGCAGAGAUGGGUGAGCACGGGGUGAUGUCCGC